AUGUCGGAGGUCCAGGGAACUGUCGACUUUUCUGUGGAGCUGCACAAAUUCCAUAAUGUGGAUCUCUUCCAGAGAGGGUAUUACUUGGUGCAUGCAAGUCUGAAAGUUCCAUCCAGGAUCCCACAUAGACUGUUGACAACAAUCGUGGAACAAGCAGGGGACUCAAUCCUUUGCUCAGCCUGCGUCCAUGAGAACAGUGUCUACAGCAGAGUUUUUCAGAUCUUGUACAGGAACGAAGAGAUUGUCAUGAAUGAAUCCAUGAACUUCAGAGUUCACCUUCUCCUGGAUGGUGAGAGGGCAGAAGAGGCACUCAGUGAAGCAGAUUUUCAACUCAAGCUGGACCUGCACUUUACAGACAGUGGACAAAUGCUGAGGGACGUCACAGCUAUCCCAGUGAUAAGCAGCCGCACCUUGGGGCUUCACUUCCACCCGAGGCAAGGCCUGCACCACCAUGUGCCCGUCAUGUUUGACUAUUUCCAUCUGUCGGCCAUCUCCGUCACCCUGCACGCCUCUCUGGUGGCUUUGCAUCAGCCCCUGAUCAGCUUUACUCGUCCAGGGAAGGGAUCUUGGCUUGGAAAAAGCAGCUUGGAAAUGGGACCAGAUCUGACGGGGAUGUCACUGGAGACACUGGUGUUUGGAGCUGGCUACUGCAAGCCCACUGCUUCAGAGGGCAGUUUUUAUGUACCAUCUGAAAAUUGCAUGCAGCAUGCACACAAGUGGCAUAAGGACCUUUGCUUCCUCCUGUUGAAUGCAUAUAAAGGACUUCAUGUCUACUAUGCCCUCGUCAGUAAGGAGAUUCCCAGCUUGCCUCAGCUGAAGUUAGAAGAGCUUGCUGUGGAAGAGACGCUUUCACAACUCUCUGCAGAGCUGCAGAUGCUGAACAAUCCAGAAAAGAUAGCUGAACAGAUCAGCAAAGAUCUUGCUUGGCUCUGCUCCCAUCUUUUGUCUCUCUGGACCCAGUUUCUGGAGAUCGUAACCCUGCACCCAGAUGUCACAGCCUAUCUUGUCCAUGAGCAUCACACUCUGCGGGUUAGAAGAUUCUCUGAGGCUUUCUUUUAUGCUGAACAUCAAAAGCUUGCUGUGUUGACUUUCCAGGAAAGCCUUAUCCAGCGUCAUAACCAGGUUUCAUCGGAGGUCCGGAACUCUGAGUACCUUACCAGUCUGCCACCCCUCCCCGUAGAGUGCCUAGACAUAGACGGAGACUGGGGCACGCUGCCCAUUAUUUUUGAAGACCGAUAUGUAGAUUUCCCCUACAAAGUUCAGGACUUAGACAUUUUGUCGGACUAUGUGGUUUCUGCUGUGGACAAUUCACAAGUGGACUUAGAGCAAGAUGGGGAUUCUUCCUCAAACAACGAUACUGAUUUAGCAAAGAGAGAUUUCAGGAACAUCGCCCCAUUCAUCAUCCAUACAGACAGGAUCAAUGGGAAAUACAUGUAUCAAGUCAGCUGUCCCAAAGAAGAAGACAGUCUGCUUGAGACUUGCAAGGAUUACUCCACAACUCAGGUACAUGCAAGGAAUGGAGGUGUCCAGUCGUGUGCUGAUCAGGCAGAGUUGGCUAAUAAUGCUAUGUCUGGUUUGCAAUCAGAUCUUGUGAAAGAUACUUCAGAAAGCCUUAAAACACAGAUGAAGCUUUCAGAAAGCAAUGAUCCAUACAAAGCAGAGAUGGCAUCUUUGGACAUGAAGUCAAUGUGCAAUAAUGCUGGCCAAAGAGAAGCAAUGCUGGUCAUGACCACUCUGUGUGAAAGUGACACCUAUGGAUGUCCCAAACUUUUGGAUGGGAGUGAAGCACCUAAAAAGGAUCAAUAUCGGUCUCCUCUCCCUUCAGAGACACUCACCAUGAAUGACCAAAGGGGCCAUGAGAAAGCAGUGGAUCCAUACAGUGACUGUGUAUUGCCCGCACAAAGGACAUUUGAGGGAAAUGACCAUUUUGGCUCCUUGAACCAAAUCCAAGAUGUUGAGGAUGCCAAGUCUUUUCAGAAGGACCAACAGGUUCUGGAGUGUGAGGAGUUUAGCUUGACAUCAGGGGGCAUUAAGAGAUCUUCAUCUCUAAUUUCAGACUCAGGAAUUGAAAGUGAGCCUAGCUCAGUCGCUUGGUCCGAUGCACGGAGCAAGGCCUUGGAGUUGCCCACUGAUCGAGAGAUGCUUCACCAGCUUGUCAGAAGACAUGCAAUCCACCGGAACUCUCUAGAGGGUGGACACACUGAAAGCAAUACCAGUUUGCCCAGUGGCAUACAAGCCUCUCUUACAUCAAUAAGCUCCCUGCCAUAUGAGGAGGAAGAGCGGGAAGUGGAACCCAACAAGCUGACAAAAUCUAUCUCAGCACCGCAGAUCAGUAGCCCUGAGGAGCCUGACACAGAUAUAUCUAAGCAGGUCAAAGCUGUCUCUAAAGUAGCCGAGGAUCAGUAUGUGGAAAUAGGGAUCAUCAGGGUGGUACCAAGUGAAAACAUUUCCACUUGCCAGACUGGAAGAGAAACUGGAAGGCUGCAGCUGUCAGCUGUUACUGAAGUGCAUCCUAAUUCUGAUUUUGAACAUACAGGGGACUUACCAGAACCUGUCAAAGGCUUUCCAGAGAUUGACUUUCACUUGGAAGCAGCAGGAGAACAUAUACGUCUAAAUCAAACUCGGGAUCUAGAUGAAUCCCGUUUGCCAAAGGGAAAACAGGAGACCCGCUUGGAAAGGGUGGAUGACGACAUGGACACAGAAGCUGCUCAUCUUGAUGAGUGCAGUAAGGAGGCAAAUUUACAGAAAGGCCAUAGUUCGUAUUCCACAAAUGUUGAGGGUUUCUCAGAUGGUAAGAACCAUGCAGCAGAGUUUUCUUACGUCAUCCCUGCCUCAUCAGAGCUGGCAUCUGAAGCUCUCUCCACAGUGGGGCACUGUGGAAGCCCUCUUCCCAAUAGUCAACUGCCAUGUGGUGGAGGAAUUCCCAAUUUACAAGAAAUUGAACUGGACAACAGAUCUGGGAGUGGAGCCUAUGAUGCUGAGCCAGAAAACCAAGAGUGCCAAAUUGGGACCAGCACGCCAGGAUUCUAUCCUGUGGUGCCAGAGGCAUUGGUGUUGGAGGGCAAAAAGGCAAUUGAAGUGGUAAACUUAUCUGUAUCCUGUACAGCCACAUGCCUCCCCUUUUCUUCACUUUUGAAAGAGAAUCCACCUGUAGCUGGCUUCUCCUCCAAGCAGGUCACAUCUCCUAUCACACGCCAGCCAGUGGGCUCCUUCGGAGUCAUCUCCUGUGAACCUAAUGAUGGGGCUGAAGAAGCCAAUGAAAGAAUGCUCAGUUUUUAUCAGGCCAAAGAAACAUUUAAAAAGGAACUGAAGAUUGAAGGAUUUCUGUACAGUGACUUAUCCGUACUAGCUUCUGAUAUCCCAUAUUUUCCACCAGAGGAAGAGGAAGAAAAUUUGGAAGAUGGGAUUCACCUCGUGGUCUGCGUCCACGGGUUGGAUGGUAACAGUGCGGAUCUCCGACUGGUAAAAACAUUCAUAGAGCUGGGCCUCCCUGGAGGAAAACUUGACUUCCUGAUGUCAGAGAGGAACCAGACAGACACUUUUGCAGACUUUGAUACAAUGACUGACAGAUUAUUGGAUGAAAUUAUUCAGCACAUUCAGUUGUACAAUUUGUCAAUAUCACGAAUAAGUUUUAUUGGCCACUCCCUUGGGAACGUCAUUAUUCGUUCAGUAUUAACCCGGCCCAGGUUCCGGUAUUACCUCAGCAAGCUGCACACCUUCCUGUCCCUCUCUGGGCCUCAUCUCGGAACAUUGUACAACAGCAGUGCUUUAGUUAGUACAGGCUUGUGGCUCAUGCAGAAGCUCAAAAAAUCUGGGUCACUUUUGCAGCUGACAUUCAGGGACAAUGCAGAUCUGCGAAAGUGUUUCCUUUACCAGCUCAGCCAAAAAACAGGUCUUCAGUAUUUCAAAAAUGUUGUUCUCGUGGCCUCACCCCAAGACCGUUAUGUACCAUUUCAUUCCGCAAGAAUAGAGAUGUGUAAAUCUGCACUGAAAGACAGGCAUACAGGUCCUGUGUAUGCUGAGAUGAUCAACAACCUCCUCCGUCCAGUCGUAGGAGCAAAGGACUGCACUUUAAUCCGCCAUGAUGUGUUCCACGCCUUGCCAAACACAGCCAACACACUGAUCGGAAGGGCUGCACACAUAGCGGUACUGGAUUCUGAGCUAUUCCUGGAGAAAUUUUUCCUUGUGGCUGGACUCAACUAUUUCAAAUAG